CAAGACUCCUUUUUUCUUCCCUGGUAAUCUCGGAACACAAUGGCGGGUCCUCUUCUUUAUCAUCUUUCCCCUGCAUUUUCCAUUUCUAGACCAACCCUAAAAUCAAUUACUUGUUACAGUGGUAAUUCUGAUUAUUAUAGGUACGAUAAGCGGAAAUGUUCUUGCAAGAAUGAUCUUGAUACAAAUUUAAAACCUGCAAUUUGGUCUAAAAACCUAGUCUCCCUAGCAAUUGCUGUCGCCCUUAUUGCUCCACUGCCGUCUUCCGCAAUUCCUUCUCUCAGUUCCAAAUCAUUUUCACUCAAUUCAACAACUACUCCAUUCUCGCAGGCCCAGAAUUUGCCGAGUGGAUUGGAAAAUGGAAAAAUCAGGCCUUGCCCUUCUAUAAAUCCGGGCUGUAUCUCAAGUAAUCCCAAGUCAUCAAACUUUGCAUUUCCAUGGAGGAUACUAGGCUAUUCUUCAAACAGUGCUGCCAUUCAGCAACUGCAAGAUGCACUUCUAAAAACACAGAAGAACGUCAAGAUUCAGCUUGUUGAAGAUACACCCACUGGCAAAUAUAUGCAAGCUGAGGUGGAUGGAGGAUUUGGGCGAGAUGUUCUGGAAUUUCUGGUAAACGGAGAUGUUGUUUCAUUCAGAGCUAUGGCAACCAAAGUUACAUACGUAUAUCCCUUCACAACAGCCUUAGGUGACUCAAAAGGUCAGGAAGAGAGAAUGAAGCAGAUCCUUAAUGAGUUAGGAUGGUAUGCUCCAAGUUUUGAUUCCAUGGACUAGAGUUAUCAUUGUCUGUACACUGAUCUGCUGAUUUAUCUUAGAUCCACCUGUUUGUUCUAUCACAUUGACAGUUCUAAAUUCAAUAUGCAGUUUCUUAACGUACAACUCCGGAUACAAUGCAUUUCGCCAUUUGCAA